UACCCUUCCUGCUUUAGUUGCUGCUGCAGUUUGGAAUCUUGCAGAGCUGCUCCCAGCUGAAAAACGAAUUUUGCUCUGCAAUGGCGGAUAAGGCAGUGACUAUUAGGACGAGGAAGUUCAUGACCAACAGGCUUCUUUCCAGGAAACAAUUUAUCAUUGAUGUUUUGCACCCUGGUAGACCCAACGUUUCCAAGGCAGAGUUGAAGGAGAAGCUUUCUAGAAUGUAUGAGGUGAAGGACCCCAAUUCAAUCUUUGUGUUCAAGUUUAGGACUCAUUUUGGAGGUGGAAAAUCUACUGGGUUUGGUUUGAUUUAUGAUUCCGUCGAGAAUGCGAAGAAGUAUGAACCCAAGUACAGGCUGAUUAGGAACGGACUUGAUACCAAAGUAGAGAAAUCGAGGAAACAAAUGAAAGAAAGAAAGAACAGGGCUAAGAAGAUCCGUGGAGUAAAGAAGACCAAGGCCAGUGAAGCUGCGAAGAAGAAGUGAGAGCUAAAAGGAAG